UAAGAAAAGGUAGUUAGUUGUAGGAUGAACUUCAGUAAAAGGUUCAAGAACUCCGUCACUCCGGCGUUCUCGGAAUGUGGGAAGAUGGUGGCCAAUGCUAACGGGUCGAAGGUACUGGUCCGCGACGUGAACACGCUACAACUCCUGCAGAUGUGGGUAUGUUACGACACCGUCAGAGAUAUAGUCUGGUCUCCUGACUCCAACUAUCUUGCUUCUGUUAGCGGUAACAAAAUUCAGCUGUGGUCAAUGUCAGACUCUGCGUGGAGGAGCUGUAUAUCUGAGACUAACGGAGGUGUGGACAGUGUCACCUGGUCCCCGGACUCUAGACACCUCCUCGUCCUCCACCAGUUCUCUGUCUUCAUCACCAUCUGGGCUGUUGAGUUUGCGACCCAGAUGUUUGUCAAGAAUCCUAAAGGAAGCCUAUAUCGGUUCAGUGGUGAUGGUAAGUACCUGGCGGUGAUCGAGCGAAUGGAGUGCAACGAUUACGUGGCUGUUCUUAGCACUCGCACUUGGAAACUUACAAGUCAUUUCAAACUCCCUACUAUAGAUGCAGCUGGAUUCGAAUGGAGUCCGUCUAACCUAGAGUUGUGCAUAUGGGAUCACAUGUUCGACCACAGGCUGUACAUCUAUUCACUAGAUGGGUCAUGUCUUUUCACUCACGAGGUAAAGAAGCCGAUUAGUAUGGGUUUACAGUGUGUAGCCUGGUCGCCGUGUGGACAAUAUAUCGCUCUGGGGACCCACACUCACUAUCUCUACCUUAUCAACAGGACCAAUAGAAAGGUUGCAGGAGAGAUGCUGAUCCCAGAAUCAGUAUCUGGCAGAGCUGUACAAUUCUACAGAGAAGUACACAGCGCCAUGUCAGGAAACAGUGUCAUGGAAAGACUUCAGUCACCACCGGAACACAAGUUCCAGGUUGUUACAGACGAUCAUAUUGAUAUGAAGUUUGCGGAAAUUGUCAUUAAAAAGAAGACUUCCACAAAAACGAAUGAUACUGCGAAAGAAAAGCGAGUAAAAAAGUACGGUAUAACUGCAAUUAAAUGGUCCCACGACAGUUCACACUUGGCUGUUCUAGAUGCCUCCAACCCUAACACCAUUACUGUUUGGAGUAUCGCCGAUAAAAGUAUUACAGCUGUUCUCCAGUUUGUGCACAACCCCAGAACUUUCGCUUGGCAUCCUCACUUAUUGAGACUGAUAGUGGCUUCGGGAGAUAGCAGUGUCAGUAUGUGGGAGUACGACGGAUGUUGGAUUAUUGAACUUCCGGCAGAGUGCUCGGUUAAUGUGAAUCACACAAACUGGUCAAGCGAUGGAAAUGCUCUACUACUCUCGGCUAAGGACAAUUUCUGUAUUGGUUUUCUUGAGUGAUCUUCCAAAACUAAACUGAUGGUUUUGUGGCAAAAUUUGUACAUAGUUCAUAUUAUUUGUUAAUAUCUUAUCCAACUUUAGUGGAAUCUGUUGCAUUGACAAGACUGCGACAAUUUUUGGUAGCUUAAUGCAUUUUGCAUGAAGCAGUUAUUUGAUAAUGUUUAUACAUUUUAUGUUUCUAAUAAUAACAACUUUUUAAUCCCAAGUUUUACUAA